CUGAAAGCAAACCGACGACGCUGGGACGACUUCAGUUUCAGUUUUCCAUCGGUCACCAAAACACUGCAGAGUCGGUUCCAAGCGCGUGUCGUGUCACAUCACCUCGUCGUCCGUCUCUCCUCAUAAAACCCAUACUGAUAAACACGUAAACAAAACCAAACAAACAAAAAGUUCCAAAACCAAGCCGUUUUUGAUGUUUAGAACAUGAAGUUUUCCUAAUGCCGCGCGGUACAAAAUCUAGCGAAACACAAGUCCAGUUUUAACCAUUCCAAAACAAUCACGCGUCAAAAUCUAAGUAAAGAGAAAAAAAAAGUAAUCCGUUUAACUAUGGAAACAAAUGGUGACAGUGUGUGAGUGUGUCGUAUUUUCGUACCUACCAAUACUAUCGCAUGCAGUCCCAAAAACGAAACCGGGAACAAUAGCGAGCGACAUCUUAACUACAUAACGACCGGUCUGAAUGUUACUAGUAUGGAUCACUGUUGAUAACAAAUGCGGAAACGUCUUAACCUAACUACAACACAAAUCUUGCACAUUCCUCAAGAAACGUUCUCCACAUCACAUCGCCGGAAGUAGCAGUCUGGUGCAAAGCUGCACAUUAGCAUAAAACGCCACAGAAAUUGAAAAAAAGUGCAAUUAUAGUGUCUUUCUGAGAAUAUACAUGGAAUCAAAAGUCGGGAUAAGUUAUUAGCAAACAGUCGUUUUAUAACCGUUGUUCGGAUUCAACCCUCGCUUCCUGCUCUUUUGGCCGGGCACCUGCACGUCCAGGUUCCACCGCAAUCACAAAGGAUUUCCAAUGUUAAAUAGCCAACAGCAAUCGCCAGCAGCCUCACAGCAGCAACAACAACACCAAAUUCAUCACCAACAGCAGCAGCCCACGCCAAACAAUCGAUCGCCGGAUCAAAGCAAUGCCGGCCAUAGCUAUUUCAUCUUCGACGAACUAAGUUCGGCCCUGGCCGCCGAACGGAACAACAAUACCGGUGCGAAAUCGCAAAACCUGGUCCUGGCGUCCGCCGCCGGCAAUAAUGAUAGUAUCAUUGCCAAGAUUAACCAGAUUAACAGUACGCAUCACAGUGCUGCCAGUGCAGGCCGAACAGCAAACACCGGCUCAGGAACCGGACUGUCCUCUCCGUCAUCCACUGGUGGUGCCUCCUCUCAAACUUCCGUUUCAUCCGUGUCCUCGUCAAGCGGCACCGGUGGAGGAGCCAUGUCUCAGCAACAACAGCAACAACACCAUCAAAUCAUGUCCGCACUGGCACAGCAAAAGUCACAAUUCAGCCAACGCUACCCGUAUGGCAACACUGCCACCAAUGCUAGCACUGCUGCCAGUCAAACAUUCCAGCAGAGCCAACAGACUGCAUUCUCACAAUUUGGCGCGUACGGUGUCCAGUCGCAGCCUACUACGCUGCUCCAACAAUCUCAGCAGACAUCCGCGCUGCAGCAGAAGACUGGUUUCGGUAAGUUCCCAGAUGCCGUCAAUGCCAAAAUGAUUCCAUCGACCUUUCACCAUCUUUCGGCACCGCCGCCUAUGAUCGACUUUGCCACAGCGACGGGAACCACCACCACAACGACCACUACCAAUGGCGGCAGUGCGGCCGGCGUCGGCGGUGGCGACAACUACCACUUCAAGACCCUGGUCCCGUCGGUGGCCGCCGGUGCCAUCAUCGGCAAGGGUGGCGAGACGAUCGCUUCGCUGCAAAAGGACGCCGGAGCGCGAGUAAAGAUGUCCAAAGCGCACGACUUCUACCCAGGAACAUCCGAGCGAGUCUGUCUCAUUAGUGGCACAGUCGAUGGCAUAUUGACUGUGCUCGAUUUUAUCAUUGAUAAGAUUCGCGAGAAGCCGGACAUGACCAAGGCGCUGACGGAGGCGGACGCCAAACAGGCUGCCGAGCGCGACAAGCAGGUCAAGGUUCUGGUGCCCAACUCGACGGCCGGUAUGAUCAUCGGUAAGGCCGGGGCCUUCAUCAAACAGAUCAAGGAAGAUUCCGGCUCGUACGUUCAGAUCUCGCAAAAGCCGAAAGAGCUCACACUGCAGGAGCGAUGCAUAACGAUCAUCGGCGAGAAGGAGAACAAUAAGAUUGCAUGCAAAAUGAUCCUGUCGAAGAUCGUCGAAGAUCCCUCAUCCGGCUCAUGCUUGAACGUAUCAUACGCAGACAUCAACGGACCGGUGGCCAAUUUCAACCCAACCGGCUCGCCAUUCGCCGCCUCACAGAAUCCCACUUUCAGCUCCAGUACCGCAUCAUUAAAUUCCGCACUGGGCGGCGCCAUGCCCGGGGCUUCCGCGGCCGGUCUUCUGGUCAACGGCACCGGACUGAAUCUGUCAUUAAAUCUAGGUGCACCUUCACCACAAACUAAUCCUACAGUUACCACACAAUUGCUUGAACAUAUUAAGGGUGCCAUGAGACAGUCCGGCUACUCGGACACGGCCACCACUGAAGUGCACGCCGCGCUGGCCGUGCUGGCCAAGUACGGAGUGCUCGGAAUCGGUGUUGGCCUCCAGAACGGAACCCACACGACACCGUUGAGCUUCCUGGGACUGCAGCAGGCGGAACUGCAACAGUCGUCGGCAGCGGCGGCGGCAGCCACGGCAGCCAGCGGAGUGUACGGCGCCGUUGGACAGCUUAACCUGGACUCGUACCUGCACGGAGCCGGUACCGCCACGCCACGAACCUCGCUCGAACGCUACGACGCUACCUUCGACCCGUUCCGGCAUCCGGGCACGCAAGCGGCCACGCCCAUGUCCAUCAACAACAACGCGUUCGGACUGACGUCGGCAACGGCGCUGAAUGCGGCCGCCGCCGCCCAGACGCUCGGUUCGCUCAGCAAGAGCCCCACGCCGGCCGAGAUGACCACGAGCAAGGAGAAGAACGUCGAGAUCCCCGAAGUGAUCGUCGGUGCCAUCUUAGGUAAUCCCUACCUACACUCUGCCUAUGCGCCGUUUCUACAGUGUGCAUUUCCGAUGGGUGCUUUUGAUAGUCCCGCCGGCCGCAGCCUGGUCGAGAUCCAGCACCUGUCCGGGGCGAACAUCCAGAUCAGCAAGAAGGGCAUCUUCGCGCCCGGCACGCGCAACCGGAUCGUGACCAUCACGGGGGGGCCGAACGCCAUCAACGUGGCCCACUACCUGAUCGAGCAGCGCAUCCAGGAGGAGGAAGCGAAGCGAGCCUGCCAAACGACACCCGGGGCGGCCGGAGCGGCCACCGGCAAGAGCCCCGUCGCCACGGUCGCCACCGUCACGCAGUAAAGUUGGAAGGCGGAAGUAGCAACAGCAGGGGAUAGCGGGGUAAAACCGGGGAAAAGGAACAACUGUUAAUUACCACACACACACACACACAUAAAAACAUUACAUAAGAAGUACACAUUACACACCCACACACACAAGCGGUUAUAAGAAUAUGCGGGAUGCGAGAAAGAAGUCAGGUUUAGGAAAUGAUGAAAGAGAAAGAGCAUAUAUAAUAAUAAUUAUAUUAAAGUAAUUGUUAUUUUAGUAGGUAAUUAAAAAUUCAAAACAGACACAGACACACACAGAGAAACGAUAAACAUACUAGGAAAAAACAAACAAAUAAUGAUAGAAACGCGCUACAAAACAAAUACACUUACACACUAAAACAGCGCCAGUCACAUUCGAGAAGCAUUCACACUACACAAUCAAACAAACACUAGAAGAAAUUGAAUCAAACACAACACACACAUUUACUAUCACAAAGAAAGAGAAACCGUACUAAAAAAAGUGUGUUUUCGCGUAUUUACCACGACCAUCACCAUAUUAUUUUUUGUGUUGUAUGAGAGUUUAUUUUUUUUAUUUUUGCAAUAAUUUUUUUUUCAGUUUCGUUUAUUUGUCUUAUUUAAGAUAGAAAAGAAAAAGAUGUUUUUAAGUUUUCUUUUUACAUAUUGAAACUAUUCAUAUUUUAUACAUAACGUUUAACCACGAAGGGAACAGGUAGAAGAGGAAAAAUGAACGGGCCAGGCCUAAAGAUUUUGUUUAGCUGCUAAGCAAUUACGUUGAUGUGCAAAUAAAUCGAUAGGAACGUUACGAUUUUCUUCUGUCGUUUUUUGUGUUUGUUUGCCAAGCCAACAACAACAAAAAGAACGCUAUUUUUAAUAGGGUGUGUCUCAACCGGACAAAUCUUGAUUUCUGUCAACUCUCUUGCGGGUAGGACCUACGCUAAACACGUAGAAAUUGUUUUUAUUUUAAAGCUAUUGUUAGAACAAAAAAUGUGUAAAAAUCGGUGUGAGUGUGUGCGUUUGCUAGACAACAACAAAACCAACGGUCGAUUUGUUUGUUUUCGAUUUAGUCCCAUCUUUGCCAUUACGUCAACACACACACACACUUGCGUGAAGUUCAUUGUUUGAAUGUUAGCAAAUGUUAUCGUACACAAACGUACACACUUGCCACCACCGCAAAGAAGCGGCUUGCAAGUGUUGUGGGGGCAACCUUUCUCGAUGAAGACAACCUUGGGUUUGGAAGGUCAACUAUGGUUGGAGCUGUCAUGUUAGGAUUUACACUGAGAAUUUUAAGUACAUAAGUUUUGCGUGAAUUUCGUAAAUUUUGCAUGACAGUGGGAUCAUGGUUGACCUCCUGGACUUGGGUGGUUUCGGCUGAAAAGUAGGCCCCUCUCCACAAAGCGCAACGAUUGUCGGAACAAGUGCAUAUAUUUAGAGGUGAUGUUAGCAAUUAUUUGUUGAUGCGCAGUCAUAGCUGGUAACAAAACAAAAAUCGUGUUGAGAGUAGGUAAAGUGAGAGUGAUUUUAAGGGAGUUAAGCAAAACUAGGUAAAAUAUUGAGGAAAGAGCAAGAAAGGGUAAUGUUUAAACAUUUUUACUAGUGUUAAGUGGGCGAUAUCUUUCUAAUCACACACACAUACGCAUACACUAGAGCAGAAGGGUUUAAAAUUCUUCUUUCUAUUGUUUAAAUUUUGUUCUUUUAACAAAGAUUUGUUCAUAUAUAGAUACAAACGUUUUUUUUUUUUAAUAUAAUUAAUCCACUAUCAUAGAGCGCAGAUAGGCAAAGGAAACAAAGAGCAUGUGCAAAGCUAUAACCUUAAAACUUGUUUUUAUGUUUAAAACGCAAUCUGUUAAUGUUAAACCAAAAAGACGUUUCUUCUUAAACAUUUUACAAAUCCUAGUUUUUAGAUAAUAACAAUCACACCCAUUACAACACGCAGAAGCACGAGUCAUCACACAUACAAACACAACAACACAAAAUUAUUCCCUUCGUCAAACGUUCGCCUAGCGUAGCUACGUGUUAUUUAUAUCCCAAACUGCAUCACCACUCUAAGCAAGCAACAAGUUACACACACACACACAUUCACAAUUACAACACACACAAAAAAAGUUCGUUAUCUCUGUUACUUUCAAAGCAAAUAGCAAAAACAAACAAACUAUUUUCCCCCUCUUCUCAAGCAAGAAAGUUUAAGAGAAAGAAGAAAAAACAUAAAACAAAAAACUCUAUUUAUAGCCAAUUACCAUUAACAAGUUAUAGUAACUUAGUUUAGUUAAACGCGAAAACAGCGAAAACAGAAAAGGAAGAAACAUAAAAAACACUAGUGAUAUGAAACACGUGGAAAGGGGAAGCGAAAAAAAACCACGCACGCGCGCGCAGAAAAGGAUAAA